AUGUGCCCCUUCCUGAGCCCACACUGUAGUGUUUCCGCCUCAUCUGUAGAGGUAAUCGUCGUGUGCACCUCCCUCCUGCUGCUGCUGCUGGGGACCUGCACCGCGGACCAGACCCCCCACAGAGUGUUCUUGGAAAGGGAGGAGGCAAGUGCUGUGAUUUCCCGUCAGAAGAGAAACCAGCCCUCUAACUUGGAGAAAGAGUGCAUGGAAAAGAUAUGUACUUACGACGAGGCGCACCGCUUCUUCCAAGACACGUAUCGCACUGAUAUAUUUUGGUCCGUCUAUGUUGAUGGGGACCAAUGUCUCAGCAAUCCUUGUCAAAACGGGGCUCUUUGUUCGGACAGUGCUGGAGGCUACGACUGCGUGUGCAAGUCCGGCUUCUCAGGGGCUCAUUGUGAAAAAGAUGAGACUAUAUGUCCCAUGGAGAAGGGCAAGGGCUGCUCCCAGUUCUGUAAGCCCAGCUAUAGCUCCUAUGAAUGUUCCUGUGCUCAGGGCUGGAGGUUGAGUCAUACUGACAAGAAUAAAUGCGAACCAGCAGUUACAAACCCAUGUGGUAAGGUGAGCAGCCUGAGCCAAUGGGAAAACAGACAGAAAAGCAACAGGGAUAACAACUUCUUGCCCCUGACUUGCACCUCCUCAGAGUGCCCCUGGCAGGCUCUGCUUAAGAGCACGGAGUCUGAUGGUUUUUGCAGUGGUGUCAUUCUCAAAUCAAACAUGGUCCUGACUUCAGCUGAAUGUGCCAACAAAUACAGCGAUUUCCAAGUCGUGGUUGGUACACGUAAGACCACGGUGGAAGACGGCGAGCAGACACUGUACGUUAAAUUAAAACACAUCCACCCUCUCUACAUCGCCGGACGUCCUGAACACGACCUGGCUGUGAUUGAGCUCCGUGACCCCAUUCGGUUUAAGAGAGAGGUAGUGGCCGUGUGUCUGCCCGAGCCCGACUUUGCCGACCACAUCCUGGCAGGUGGAGAGUACCCCGCCGUGGUCACAGGGUGGAAGGAUUCCCCAGAUCAAACUGCCUUCCAGGGGCCGCUGACUCUCAACCAGCUGGCUUAUGAGCCCCUCCCACGGUGUUUGGAGACCUACCCCAUGAUCAUGACAAACAAAAUGGGCUGCACGUCUCCGAGGGCCAACGCAGACUGCACCGUGAGCUCCGGAAGCCCCCUGCUCACACUGUACCGCGACGUCUUCUUCCUCACGGGGAUCGUCACUAAACCUGCCGAUGCGGACUGCACCAAGGGUUUCAUUUUCCAGAAAGUGUCUCGCCAUCUGGACUGGCUCCAACCCUUAAUGGGCCCACGUUGA